UAUUAUUCUGAAAGCGCAUACCGGAAGCAGCAGUAAGCAACAUCCGCUUGUCUUGACACACACAGCUUGUGACUUGAGUGAAGUGAAGUCACCGGGAACUGAACUGAAGAGUGAAGACUUUACUACAGGCUGUCGCAUCCCUACGCGUCGUCGGUGCGAAAAAGGUCAUAUUCCCCCAUUUUUAUUGUUAAUUGUUUUUAGCAGUGGUAUCGCCGCGGUUUUUGUCCCGCUGGACUUGUUCGGUCAACGUCCCACACCACGGUCGGCUGCUCUCUUCUUGGCAAGCGCCAGGCUAGCAUCGGUUCCUGCUUGCUAAAAAACAUGGUGGCCUGUGGGCAAGAAGAAAACAAGGCGGUUCGGGUAUAUUGAGUGUAAUUUUUUUAAAAAUAAACUAUUUGCUCCAUAAAAAUAACUGUUAUUUUGAGAAGUGGCGGAGGGGGGUGCCAUUUUUAUGCGGUAAUUUGCUUCCAAAGUUGCCAUCAAGACUCCUUUAAGUUUCCAAUACAAAAUACAGCUUUUAAAAACACAAGGUAAAACAAAAUAACUGUGCUGAAGUCCUGCCUUAUGGAACCAUUUUACCCCCUGCGUCACCUUUAGCAUCAUUUUUUCCCUCUGGAUUAUUAUGAUGGAUUCACCAGCUCGGGAAUAUUGGAAAUAGCUUUUGUCCUUGAUGCUGACCGUGAUGACGACGGUGAUGACAGAAAAAAGCGAUGGCUUCCCUUCGUUAAGAUUUUGAGUAGCGGGGAGUUAAUUACAUGGAGACUAGCCUGACAUGCCGAGGAAGGAGUUGCCACUACCUGAAGGUUGGGAGGAAUCCAGAGACUUUGAUGGUAAAGUCUACUACAUUGACCACAUCAACCAGAGCACCAGCUGGAUCGACCCCAGAGACAGGCACACAAAGCCUCUGACAUUCGCUGACUGUAUCGGAGAUGAGCUGCCAAUCGGCUGGGAGGAGGCGUAUGACCCCCUGGUUGGAUCAUACUAUGUCGACCACAACACCAAGAGCACCCAGCUUGAGGACCCGCGGGCACAAUGGCAGCGGGAACAAGAGUCCAUGUUGCGGGAUUACCUGGCUGUGGCCUGUGACGCCCUCAGUGCCCAGAAGGAGAUCUACCAGGUGAAGGAGCAAAGGCUCCGUCUCGCACAACAGGAGUACCGGCAUCUUAACGACACCUGGCGGGACAAGUCGACAUCCCAAACCAGCUUGAAUUCCAGGACGUCCUCCUCCAGCAAGUACGACCCAGAUAUCCUAAAAGCAGAAAUAUCUACAGCCAAAAGUCGGGUCAACAAGCUGAAGCGGGAUUUGGCAUGUAUGAAGCAGGAGCUGCAGUACAAAGAACAAGGCUUUCAGACGCUGAAAGAGAUUGACCAGAAGGUGUCCAAUAGCCCGUAUGGCUUCAAGCUGCAGGAGGCGCAAGCCAUCCUCAACGAGGUGCGAUCCAUUCGGGAUGCGAUCAGCACCGGUGAGAAGGAAAAGCAAGAACUUAUGCAGAAACUGGCCAUUCUGAAGGAUGGCUUCCAGCUGGACUCGGGCUCACAGCAGGAACUGUGGGGCAGCAGUCCCUCGCUGGCCGACUCGGAGCUUUCCAUACCCCGACUCUAUUCGGACGCCGGCUCGCAGACUGACAUACCUGCUGAGUACACAAACAACUCCAACAAACUUGUGGAGAAAGUUCGACUCAGUCUGAAGUACGAGGAGGCCAAGCGUAGGAUCGCCACCAUCGAGGUUCAGAUUGCAAAACUGGACAGCGAGGCAUGGCCGGGGCUGCUUGAUCCGGAGCGCGACCGUCUCAUCCUCAUCAACGAGAAAGAGGAGCUUCUAAAGGAGCUGCAGUAUGUCAGCCCACGCCAGCGCUUGGAACCCAUCGAUGCACAGAAGCUGGAAACAGAGAAGAAGCGUUUGGAGAAAGACCUACAGGCCGCCAGGGACAACCAGAGCAAGGCUCUGACUGAAAGGCUGCGCCUUCACUGCAAGAGGAACACGCUGGUGAGAGAGCUGGAGGAGUUAGUUCGACUAGCCACGUCGUUACACACUCAGCUUAAAAGUCUGUCCGCCAGCACCCUAUCAUGUUCGUCCGGCAGCAGUCGAGGCUCCCUGACGUCAAGCCGCAACUCCCUGGCCACAAACUCCAGCCUGGGCUCCACCUCCUCGCUCAGCUUCACCGACAUCUACCUGGAGCAGACCGAGCUGGCCGACCCGGACUUCCAAAACAAACUGGAAAGCCUUCUGCAGGAGGGGGGCCAGGGAGGCUACCGCCCCUCCAGCUCCAUCACCACCAUCCACGAGCACGAGGUGGUGACAGGUAGCGGCGGCACAGGGAGGGACGCUGAAAGGCCGGAGGGCCAAACACCAGGAGUGGGUGGAGAUACUGAGAAGAGUGCAGGGGGUGGAGAGAUGGGAUCAUCCAGGAUGCAAGCUGUCAGGUUGUCCGAAACCCCUCACUCAAUCAGCUCCUUGUCCCCACGGUCGUCGAUUUCCUCGCUCUCGCCACCGUGCUCGCCACUUGUUACAGACACUACCUUUCUGUCAGAGGAGGCUUUCACCACCGAGGUGGGAUCUGGCGGGUUGAGCCUGGACCUGGAGCUCCACAACAGGCUAGCAGAGCUGGACAUCCAUAUAGACUCCCAGACGCUGCAACAGCAGAAGGAGCGCAGCGCCCACGGUGGGCUAGAGGAAAAGCAGAAACGCAAUGGCCUCCUGGGUGAAGAGGUCAAAGCUCAACUGUUGCAAGGAACCGGACCGGGACCAAAUAAGAUGGGCGUUAUCUCAGCUGUGUCUGAUGAGUCCGUUGCAGGUGACAGCGGCGUAUACGAACCCUCUGAGCGCAGGCCAGGCCUCCCUGCUGACCUCCUGCUGGGCUCUGAUGAGGAGAGGCUAGCUUUGGGCUGUGCUCAGUUUCAGCUUGGCUUCCGCUACGAGUCAAGAACCCAGCGCUUCACUGUCUUCGUCAUGCAACUGUCCAACUUCAGCGCCCUCUGUCUGCCCGCUGACCAUAAAAUGCAUGUUCGCGUGGCGGUCCUUCCGUGCGUAGACACGACACGCUGCCUGUUCAGAACACGCGGCUACAUGCCUCAGGACGUCAUGGAGAUCAAGGAGGUGUUCGGCAUGCCGAUAUCUCACAGUGCACUACGGCAGAAGACGCUACGGAUUGACGUAUGUAACACCGGCAAGUCAGGUCACGAACAUUGUUUGGCGGGAGCCCAGAUCAGCUUGGCCGACAUCAGCUGUUCAGAGGAGAGAAAAACCAAGUGGUACAAUCUGCUGAGUCGAGCUUUUAUGCCCGAGGUCAGCAGCAAGGAGAAAGACGCAGCAGCUGGUGGCUUGAACACAGCUGGAGCCAGCAACAGUGACACAGUUCUAGACGACGAAGAGUGGCAUGGUGACCUUCUGGAGGGAGAUGUGUUUGACGAUGAAGACGAUGUGGAGAAGCCUCUGGAUGAAGGAGAAUUGUUCUAUGCUGAUGGGAGCCAAUGGGAGGCAGGGGAGCUGGCGGUCGAGGGGAGGGAGAGUAAGAUGCCUUCUGCCGCCGCAGCCAUGACAGAAAAGGUCAACAAAGAGACAAGUAUGGGCCGCAUGUCGUCGUCCGGUCACCACUCGGUGGUCCGGCCCAAAGAGCGGCGCACAGACCUUCCCCAUCAGCAUGCCUUCAUGAGGGGAAGCACCAUCAUCCGCUCCAAGACCUUCUCCCCAGGACCUCAGAGCCAGUACAUUUGCAGGAUCAGCCGCAGUGACAGCGACAGCUCCACGCUGUCCAAGAAGUCACCGUUUGUGCGUAAUGCCUCGGAGCGACGCAGCAUGCGCAUGAAGAAGCCUCCUGUGCAGGUCAAAGGUCUGGACGGCCUCUUGCGCACCUCCCUGGACUUGGAGUUAGACUUGCAGGUGUCCCGGACCCGACAGGCCCGUCUCACUCAGGAGCUGCAGGUUCUGAGGGAGCUUAAAAUGCAGCUGGAAGCGGCGAGGCAGCAGGGCCAACGCGAGCUGCCCGCCUGGGUCCGAGAGGACGAACGCUUCCGACUCCUCCUCAAGCACGCCGAGAAACAGACUCACGAGGAGCAGCUGCAGGAAAAGCGGGUGGAGAAGAUGAUGAGGGCGGCCGCCAAGGACGUCCACAAGAUGAGAGGACAGAGCCGCAAGGAGGUGCCUGAAGUGCAAAACUUCAGGGAGAAGAUGGCCUUCUUCACGCGAGCAAAGUCCACCAUCCCUCACCUGCCGGCUGACGACGUCUAGACCGUCAACAUUUCAAACGAAAGAGUCUUAACCUGCGCUUCGUGUCACUAAUGAAGUCAACCUUUUAGCGGUAAUAUGAAGAAGGUUUUUUGGAAAAAAAUGUAUCAUAGAUGGAAAACGACAGUGGCCACUCAGCAUUUGUUAUUGUGGAAAACAUUUUUUUAUUAUAUGUAUAUAUUAGUGACGGCACUGCUACAGUUUGACUUUAUUUUACUAACAUUAAAAAUCAUUCCAGCACAAACCUACACAAAAUAAUAAUAGCACAAACAAACGGUACUAAAGCAACAAAAGCUACUUAAGAUGAUCAUUAGUCUUCAAAUUAAUAUUAAAAAAUGUUCUUUUCAUUAAAAUUCUGCUGCAAGUAAAGCACUCCGCAUAUUGAUGCAUCUUGUUUCAAACUUGUUCUCUUAAGUUGGAAUUCCCAAGAUCAUUAUUCACACCUGCCGUGACCGCAGGUGGCACUGCUGUCAGAUCGCAAUAAUAUUCUGUCACAUGAAAAUGUAAAGAUAAAUACAUCAGGUUGAUUGUAUUCCAUUGACAGCACAGAUUGUUGAAAUCACAAUUAACUGGACACAAUUAUGCCCCCCUCCCCCUUCUUUUUUGCUGUUGUGAUCGUUUGGCUCGCUCACACUCAGGUAGGACAUUUGUUUAUUAGUCUGCACUUUAAUAAGAAACAAAAAUCCAGAAGCUGUAUCAUAUCUCGCUGGAAUGAUUGACUAUCGAAGCAAAGACAACAAGAAAAAUAUAUUUUAUUUUUUUUGUGACUGUGAAUGUCUUUCAAUUGUAUCCUGUAAGUUUUAAAACCAGCAGCCAAUAGGAGGACAGCAACACUUCACUCUUUAAUCUGAUUGGCUGUACGAACUUUUCCUAUUCUAACUGGAUCCUGAAGUUAAUUUCCCAGCAGAAACCAAUAAUACUUACUCCCAUUUGUAUUUUUCACAUUCUGCAUAUCAUGAAAAUGAGGGAAUCAUUUACUUAGUCCUCCUCAAGCGUCGUUUUAAAACAUUUUUCCCAUUGUUUCCCCCUGGCGGACAAUAGAUAGAAUGCAGUUAUGUGUUCACUUCUUUUGUUUUAGGUGUUAUCUGAUGAAAACACACAUGAUCUAUUCCAGACUUUCCCACAUGUUUGCCGGUAGAUAAACAUCUCCUUCUAAUAUUUUGGUUUAUUUUUUUAAUCCAAAAACUGGAUGUAGUUUUCCCCUCAACUCAUCAAAGCUGGAACUGGUUGCAUUAUUAUUAGUCAAUGUGAACACAUUAAGAAUCUGUUUAGUGCGCGUGCAUGUGUGUGUGUGUGUUCAGAGCGAGUAGGAUGUGGAACUCUUGUCAUGAUUGACACCAUUUUUUUCAAUGGACUGUGAAGACAUGCGGAUGAAGGAACGUAGGUUUUUAACUACACUGAAUAUUUACAGAAAAGAUGAAACAUGCUCAUAUGUCACAAAUUUUGUCAAAUUCUUUUUUGGGGAAAUUUGUCCCAUCGGAUCUGUUUGUUACGCCUGUGAUGAUGAUAGGUGUAUGUGUGUGUGUGUGUGUGUAUGAGAAACAAACAGCAUGUAUUUAUUACACUUUGUGAUUUGGGUGUGCUUUUCCUGUUAAUUUCCUUUUUUUCCUCUUCCUCUGCAUUUCUUUUCUUAUCGUCAUUGAGUCCCGAAAAAGCUGUGAAUUUUAUUCUCAGACACUGUACUGUCGACCAGAGUUGUAAAUAUUUCACCAGCGCUCAAAGAGAGAAAAAAAAACACAUUAUGUUUUGUAGUUUCACAACAAAUAAAAAAGGUUAUCUUUUA